GCUCGGCUCGCUCCAGACAGUGUUGAAGUCGUUAUUCAUCUUCACAGAUGUCGUCAAAGAUGAGGAAUAUUAUCCUGGCAUUCAUUGUCCUUCUCAAUGUGGCUGUUACGGUAAACAGCGAAUGUGACGUCAACGGCGCCGAGAACUGCCGAACAGAAUUAAAGAUGGCACUGCCGAAUGCUGUUAGCAAUGUAGUAAAAUCAUGCGCCGCCCAGAUGUCUUUCAUGUCUUGCCUUACCAUGGUAGACUGCAGCAGCCACGACAUCUACGGACCUCUCAAACUCGAGGCAAUUAAGAGUACGAACAUCCUGUGUGACAAUGGCGGGCCCAUGAUGGUUGCUUCAGUCUCUACCAUGUUUCUCGCUCUUCUCGCAAAGAUCUUCAUGUAAAGAACGUUCAG